GAAAUAUUGAACCUUGCUCCCGACCAACUCCCGGCCUAGCCUCAACACUCAAUAUGCAAGGUCUUCUCGCCGAGGUAGCUGCCAAACGCAAGGCCAUUGAAUCUGAUCCCACUCCGAGGCAGACAAAGUACAUGCGUCGUGGGGAUCUAGAACGUCUGCGAGAAGAACAGGAACGGAAGGCAAAGGAGGAGAAACUAGCGCAAGAACAGAACGAGAAAGAGGCAGCGGAAGAUGUGAGGAAAGCAAAAGCCCCUUCAAGAUCGGCUACCAAUUCGCCUCAUCCAGAUAAUAUGACCAGGGAUACUGCAUCACCAAUACCGGAAUCGACGUUCAAUAUAUCUAAUGAAGAGACUAUCAGGCGUCUACGUUCGAAAGGCCAACCUAUACGCCUCUUUGGCGAAUCGGACAGGGACCGUCGACUUCGCUUGCGUGCGCUGGAAUUGAUCGAAGGAAAAGGACAUGACCGACAAGCUGGUCAAAAUGAUUUCAAGAAGGCUCUCGAGGAUGUAGAAAACGUAGAGAGGGAAUUGAAGAACAAGAAUAGUAAAGGAAAGAAGAAGGAGGAUUCAGAUCAGUCGGGUAGUGGUGGUGUCCUGGAUUUGGACCUCAUGAAGACUGACCCAGACAAGCUCUAUCCCAUCAUUUACUAUGCUUUGAAGCGAGUUUUGAAGGAUUGGGAGGAGUACAUGGACGAAAGACCAGAACACAUAAAACGGUCAACUCAGGGUAAACUCGCAGCGGCGACGCAGGUCCAGUCGGCAGAAUACCUUAAGCCCUUCUUCAAAGCCUUACGAUCACGAUCGUUACCUUCAGAUAUGUUGGCCCGUAUUGCUGAAAUAGUCCAUUACAUGCAGAAGAGACAGUAUCAGAAAGCAAACGACUCAUACUUGCGUCUCUCUAUUGGCAAUGCCCCUUGGCCGAUUGGUGUCACCAUGGUUGGUAUUCACGAACGUUCCGCGCGAGAAAAGAUUUCGUCGGACCAAGUUGCUCAUGUGCUCAACGACGAAGUUAGUCGGAAGUACAUCCAAAGUUUGAAGCGGUACUGUAGACCCUCACUUUACUUGGAACCACACGACUCACCUUUUCUAUAAUUUAGAUUGCUCACUUUUUCCCAAACCAAGUACCCUCCAGAAGAUGUUUCUCAGUUGAUGGGUUGAUUCGUCGGUAUUGUCUUUGUACUCUUAGAUUGUUGUCUACGAAUUCAUCCGACACGGGUCGAAAUUCAUAUGAUGGUCAUGUCACCGUUUGUUUUUACGACUACGGUCAACCGUCUCCUUCCC